UUUGGAGGAGAGUUGUGGCGAGGAGAAGACCCUCGGAAGCCUAGGCAGAGAAAGGGAGGGAUGGAGGAAAAAAGAGAGAUGGAGGGGGAUGAGGGGAACUCCGCGAAGUCGCAGGUCGCCGGCAUCGGCUACGAGGAGACGAAGCUCAAGCUCGCGCCGCCGUGCAGUUCUGCUUCCAGGGCUGGAACGGAGCACCACGAUAGGAAGCGUCGCCGCGAUCUUUCCGUUGAGUCUCCGGAAGACCCUCAGAAUCCUAGGCAGAGAAACGGAGGGACGGAGGGAGUGAGAGAGAUCGAGGGGGAUGAGGAGAGCUCUGCGGAGUCGCAGGUCUCUGGCAGCCGCUACGAGGAGACGGAGCUCAAGCUCGCGCCGCCGUGCAGUGCUGCUUCCCGGGCUGGAACGGAGCACCACGACAGAAAGCGCCGCCGCGAUCUUUCCGUUGAGUCUCUGGGCUCCCAGGCUUCUCGGCACGGGAAACCCCCGGCCGCCAAGGCCCCGGUGGUGGGAUGGCCGCCAGUGAGGUCGUACUGGAAGAAUACGCUGAGGAGCCGCACGUUCGUGAAGGUGGCGGUGGACGGGACACCCUACCUCCGCAAGGUCGAUCUGGAGACCUACGGAGGGUACCGAGAGCUUUUGACCGCCGUUCAGGCGAUGUUCUCCUCCUGCUUCACCAUCGACAACGGCAAUAGGUUGGUAGAUCUAGUGAAGGGGACGGAGUAUCUUCCUACUUAUGAAGACAAAGACGGUGACUGGAUGCUGAUCGGAGAUGUUCCCUGGAAAAUGUUUGUAUCAUCCUGCAAGCGUCUGCGUUUGAUGAAGAGCUCGGAAGCCGUUAAUCUGGUAGAUGCAACCUCAAGCUCAUCCUAAUGAUGUAAGGAAGCAUCGAGAUUAGAAGAAAUAAAAGCUGCUGUAUCCCAAUCCUGAUAAUAGCAUUGGUUCCGUUGUGUACGGGCAAACUUGUGUUGGCCCCGUUUAUGAGAUGCACGGUAAAGAGGCAGGGAAGUACAUGUACAGCUAUACACACCAUGCUUCUUCUUCAUCAUCAUCAUAC